CCAUUUCCACCCAGAAAAGCCACAGCAGGGCGUGUCGUUCACAUCUGCAACCUCCCUGAAGGCAGCUGCACAGAGAAUGAUGUCAUCAACCUGGGACUACCUUUUGGCAAAGUCACCAACUACAUCCUCAUGCGCUCUACCCAUCAGGCAUUUCUGGAGAUGGCGUAUGUUGAAGCAGCUCAGGCCAUGGUUCAAUACUACCAACUUACUCCUGCUAUGAUUAACACUCAGAAACUUCUCAUACGAAUGUCUAAGAGGUACAAGGAGCUGCAACUCAAGAAACCGGGUAAGGAUGUUCAAUCAAUCAUCCAGGAUAUCAGCUGUCAGCGGGAGAGGGAUGAGAUGCAAGAACUUGAGCAAUACAUGCCAGAGAGAGCACGCUCCCGCAGCCCUAUCAGCCGCUCUUUGAGUCCUCACUCACACAGCCCGAGUUUUACAUCAUGCAGCUCAGCCCACAGUCCCCAGGGGCCACAAUGCAGGGGUCCGGAGAGAGGCAGUAAUGGCCUGGGCUCCUGCCGGGACUCUUGGGAUUGGUCAUCACACUUAAGAAGGGGUGAGGAUGAAAGGGAGAGGGAUGACACAUGGAGGAACGGGGGCAGCAUAGAUGACGAUCGGGCUAAUGGACGCGCAGCCGACCGUCGGAAGGCUUACCAGAAACCCUUGGAUCAUAUCAGCUUGAGAUCUGCAGAUGAGCAGCGAGGAGGAGGAGGUGGUGAAGGGAUGAGGGGAAACAGAGACUGGCACCCACGAGGCAGCCCUCAAGGUGUGUCCUUCAACGCUUACAGGAACAUAGAGGACGAUUUCUACAUGAAGGAACAAAUGUACAAGUCAGACAAGCUGCCCAGACCUCCAUACCAAAGGCAUGACACAAAGCCAAAGCGGAGGGAUGGUGGUGACCACCACAGCAGAUCGAGGCAUUCUGAGUUUGAUAUGACUGAGGAGCCACUUCGCAGAACACUAGAAGACAAGAGGCAGAGUUCACCAGACAGGGGCAGGAGCAAAAAGAUAAGCAGGAGGCACACCACUGUGGAAAAACAGGAGAGAGAAAAUGCUACUGAAAACAUGGAUCGCCAGUCAAAAGAAAAAUCUGUGUCACCUCAGCAACUCAAUAAGCCAAAAGAAACUACUGAAUGUAGUAAAGAGAGAGACACUGUGAAGCAGAGGGAAAGUGGAGAUGACACUGAUGAAGAGUGUUGGUAUCCCAAGAACAUGGAGGAACUGGUCACUGUAGAUGAAGUCGGGGGAGAGGAUGAUUCCAUUAUUGAGCCAGACCUUCCUGAGCUGGAAAAGUAUACAUCCUGCCCCAAAGAGUCUGCAGAGGAAGAAGCAGUGGAGGAGCAUGUAUUACCCCCUACCUCCUCCUCUUUGGAGGUGCGGGAGAUAUCUAACGAAAAGUCUAACCAAGAAAAGUUCUGUGAGGAUGCUGGAGACCCAGCAGAAACAUCUUUAACUGAGAAACCAGGGAAAGUUUUAACUGCACCCAGUCCUGAAGACCAGAAACGUGGUCCAGUGGCUCCUGAUCUACCAGUCACCAACCUUAAUGACUUCCCCUGUGAGGAGUUCAAGGCUGCACUAGAAGAGACAUGUUUAGAGGUUAAAAUAAAGAAAAGCGGGUCAUCAGAAGAGCCAAUGGAAAAUCACGUUUAUGUAUCAGAGGACAGCAAAACCAUGGAAGUAGGACGGGUCACAGAAACAAUCAAUGAUGGGGUUCAACAGAAGGACGGCAGUCUUAAAACAGAGCUUGAGGCCCCCUUGCCAUCUCAUGAGCAAAACAAAGCUGUCAGUGAACACAGCAUCUCUUUGGGAGUAGAGUUCAUUGUGCCAAAGACUGGCUUCUACUGUAAACUCUGCGGGCUGUUCUACACCAGCGAGGAGACUGCAAAGACCACUCACUGCCGCAGCACGGUACACUACAGGAACCUACAGAAAUACCUUUCCCAGCUGGCAGAGGAGAGUCUGUCAGGCACACAACCAUCAGCCGCACAGUGACAUCAGCUUGACCUCUCACGUCUUGUUCAGCAAACAGCAGAGGAUAGAUUUGUGUGUGCGUGCUGUUGGUGCAAAGAUGUGGACUACUACAGCAUGGUAAAUGUGACACGUGGAAGCUAGAGUAUGCGGACGAUUGCACUGGUUUUGUUAUUCUGGGGGAGGGAUGUUUGUAUGCCUUGAAUGACACUGACAACCCCAGCCAUAGAUGCUCUCAGUGUUACAAUACAAUGUACAUACCUGAAGUGUAAUGUAUAAUGAGGCUACAAUAUUUAAUUGCAAUUGUUUUCAUUUAUCAGUUUCCUUGCAGUUUAUGUCAUUAGAUUUUGUGUGAUAAAAUGUAUUUGUUGUUUAUUUAUUUUUUUGAAAGGGAAAUGUAUUAAUUAAAUUAAAUUAGUUACGAAGACGACAUGUUGUUACAGCGUGGGCUUAUGGUAGUCCAUCUGCUGAGUUUAAAUCAAUUACAAUACAAUUAUUUAUCAAUAAUGAUACAUUUACAAUUGCAAAAUAACUUGAAAAACGUGCCAAGGAAUGUUUUUACUAAAAAACUGAUGCAGAUUCUCAGGUUUCAGAUUUCACUGUACAGCUUAGUACACAGCAUUUACAUUUUUAUUUAUAUCUGUGGUUUUAAAGGCUCUCGCUUUUUUUCUUUUACAUUUUGACAGUUUGUGCACUACAAUAUCUGUCUGUUGGGUAAAAAUGUACAUUAUUUGGAUUGAUAAUGAUGCAACUAUGCAAAAGAUCUUUAUUUUCUUGAAGUUCUAUGUUGGAUUUAAUUCAUGAAACAAUCACUGGUCACAUUUGCCAACAUAUGUAAUGCCUUAAAUAUUAAAGACCUUAGACUGGACCAUGUGUUUAAUUUAUCAGAGUUAAACAUGCAAUGUUAUCAAGCCAGAAUUUGUUUUUGUAUACUGUGAAUACUGAUCCUGUGACAUCAAUGAUAGUGUUGUUUUCUUUGACAAACUUUUCAUAUGACUUUCAAUGCAAAAAAAUAAACAUUUUAAACAUG